AUGCCGGGCUUCGACUUCUCCAACUACAACCGCAAUGCGGCCCUCCACGCCAAAGGAGUGCCUCUCCCCAGGGCGACCAGUACCGGCACGACGAUUGUCGGAUGCAUAUUCGAUGGCGGCGUCGUGAUCGCAGCGGACACCCGCGCCACCUCGGGCCCCAUCGUCGCCGACAAGAACUGCGAGAAGUUGCAUUACAUCUCCCCCCAUAUCUGGUGCGCUGGAGCCGGCACUGCCGCCGACACCGAGUUCACCACAGCCCUCAUCUCCUCCCAGCUCGAGCUGCACUCCCUAUCGACGGGCCGCAAGCCCCGUGUGGUCACCUGCAUGACCCUCCUGAAGCAGCAUCUCUUCCGCUACCAGGGCCACAUUGGCGCCUAUCUCGUCGUCGCCGGCUGCGACCCCACGGGCACGCACCUCUUUACCGUCCACGCCCACGGCAGCACCGACAAGCUGCCGUACGUAACCAUGGGUAGCGGUAGUCUGGCCGCCAUGUCCGUCUUUGAGACGCAGUGGAAGCCUCAUCUGACACAGGACGAAGCCGUCAAGCUGACGAGCGAUGCCAUUUUGGCUGGCAUCUUCAACGAUCUUGGAUCGGGCUCGAAUGUUGACGUGGCUAUCAUCACACAGGAGAAGACGACGCUCAAAAGAAACUACAUCAAGCCCAACGAGAAGAGUGCGAAGCUGCAGAGUUACGCAUUCCCCAAGGGUACAACGGCCGUGCUCAACGAGAAGAUUAUUAAGAAGAAUGAGAUUGGGAGAUAUGUCAGCGUGCAAGAGGUUCCCGUUGAAAGCGAGCGUAUGGAUGUCGACAGCUAG